CUUGGUACCACUUGACAAGACAAUUUCUGAUAAUCUUAUUCAAUUCAUCCUGCCAGCCAAUUACAUUGAAAACAUACUGAGCAUUUAACCAGAGGAUCCACUAAUUAGUCUUAAAUAAAACAAAAAGACAGUAACUCCGAAUAGAGACAGAGACAUUUUGAGAUUCAACGUUUCGAUCUAUUUGAUCAUUUUCAAGAAUACUGGUGAGAACUGAGCAUUUCAUCCACUUGAUUGGCUGUGCCUGUAUUUCGGAGACAGUGGCUGUUUGUUCGCAGGUAUCUUUUGACGAUGGUCACAAAUCAACAACACAGGAUAGGCCAACAAGUCCGACUCCAAGAAAACUGGCCAAGUUUCUGCUUCUAUCAAAACCAAUAACAAUUUAAUUUGUAUAAUAUUGUUGAAUCAACAUUGAAAUGUUGAAAUUCAUAACUCAGAGACUUCGUGCCCAGUCAUUGAAUGAAAUACAGCCAUUUGUACUGACAGUGAAGGAGGUUUAUUCGGAUUCUGAAGAUGAGAACAAAGAAGUUGAGCUCUUGUUUAAAGAUCGUAAGUUAACACCAAAUGGUAGUAACCCCAGUGGAGCUGCUUUGCAGGCAAGACAGAAACCGCUGGAAGACAGCUCAUCAGAGAACAUCCAGAAUGAACGGGAUUGUAACAGUUCCGAGGAGGAGCUCCUGAACAUUGAAAAAUUACAAACAGACAAUCCGAUAACGGCGAAACGAAAAUGGUCUCGUGUUAGUCGUUGGAGCAUCAGCGGUGACAGCAGUUCGGGAGACGAGGAGAUAAAGGACUUGAUCAAACCUGUCCCGCUAAAGUUUAGUUCAUCACCCCCACACCAAAUUCAAAAUAUUAAAUUCCCCGAUAACAAAACAGCAAUCUUCCUUGCUAAUGUUGGACCUGCGAUAGAUUCUGUGUCACCUAGGAAACGGUGUAGAGCAGACAGUUUCAAACAAAGGCCAAGCCUGGAUUUUGAGAAGAUGCAGCAGAAAACUAUUGUAAAAAAGAGAUGCCCGUACGGAGUUAGAGCAGCACGAACAGUGCGCAUUAGGAGUGUCAGCAACAACAACAGCCGUAUUCCUCCGAGACUCCUGUGCGACCCAGCCAUUUUUUCAUUUCGAUCACUGAGCACAAUCAGCCCAAUUACUCCAGUUGAAGACUCUGGUGCACUAACUGCUUGUUAGGUAUAUCUAGUAGUGUCAUGAAUAAAAUUAGCCAUGUCAUGAAUAAAUUAGCCAUGUCAUGAAUAUAUUAGUAGUGUCACAAAUAAAUUAGCUGUGUCACAAAUAUAUCGUGUCACAGAAAGCUUGUGUCACAAGAAAAUUUAGUCCAGAUUUAAAGAAAAACAUUGUUGUUAAUCAUUGGACGGAUAACUUUGCAAGAGGGGUGGGGGGGAAAUAUUGUGUGUGAAUGCGUAUAUCAUUGGAUGGAGGUGAUGAACAGUACGGCGUGUGUGAUUUGCUAUAUAACUAUUGACAGAUUUUUAUGAAUAAUCACUUGACUGUUAUGUUUUUUGGAACAUGAACGAAAUCUACCUCUUUUCAAAUUGUAAUAGUCAAAAUUUAAAGUGGUUUUUUUUUCUAGAUAUAUUUUUUAUGUUAUAUUCAAUUGUGUAACAUCACAUUCCUGUACUAGUUUUCUAUGGUGAAUACAGAACAACAUAUAAUAGAAGAACAGAACCAGAAAAUAAUUUGUAUAUGUAUGUAUAUAUAUUUGUAUAUCCAUAAAUAUAAAUAUA